GGGCCCUGCUAAGUGACAGAGACCACUGUGGAACUACUGCGCUACUGUGCAACUGCUACCACGUUUCUUAUCGCACUCGACUCUCUUGAUGAACAUGGAUUUGCUCCGAGUUUGCUUUCUGUGCGUCGUGCUUCUCGGAGUGACCACGGCUUUUACGCAUGAGGAUAUGAAGAAUGCACUGCUGGACAAAUUAGGAUUGGAUGAAGUUCCUAGAAUUCAAAAGAGGGAUUUGGAGAACCUUGUCAUCCCAGCGCAUAUUAAAAAUAAAUACAUGUCUAUGCUGAAGAAACACCACAGUAGGAAAAGGAGAUCUUUGCCCAGUUUGGCGGGCAUCCUGAAGGGCAUCCCUGGCAAUGCUGAUAUCUCUGGGGAGUACGUGUAUUCUGACACAACAAGGCAUCGCAUGGUGUUUGACAUGGAAGCCAGAAUUCCCGAGAACAGUGAAGUUACGAUGGCAGAACUCAAAUUGUACCAGCGCGCCUCUUUUCACACGCGCUUCACGGUGGAGCGGAAACACCGCCCAGUCAAUAACGCACGAGUCAGCGUCUACUGGGUGGAAGUGCUUCCCAAUGGCUCCAACCGCACUUCUCUGGUCGACUCUCGAUUGAUACCCAUUCACGAAACCGGAUGGAAGAGCUUUGAUGUGACACAAGCCGUGCACUAUUGGUCCAAAACGCAGCAAAAGACACCUAUGCACCUGGAGGUGUGGAUCGAGGGCGAGAGACCUGGCAGCUACGCGGCAGAGGUAGCCAAGAGUGUGCGCUUUACCACCCAAGAGCAGACCGACAACACCUUGGGGAAGCCUGAGCUCAUUCUCUACACACUGAACUUGGAAGAGUACGGUUCCCGUGGAGACUGUGAUGUCAUCCAGAACAAAGACACCUGCUGCAGAGAACAGUACUUUGUCAACUUCCGAGCUCUGACUUGGACCCAGUACUGGAUCAUUGAGCCUGCAGGAUACCAGGCCUUCAGGUGCAGUGGGGGGUGUAAACAACCCAAACGUAACUAUGGCUAUGGAGAGAGGCGCUGCACCGUGUCUGAGAGUGCACCCCUGCCCAUCAUGUACCUGGUGAAGAAGGGCGACUACACCGAGAUUGAAGUGGCAGAGUUCCCCAACAUGAUUGUAGAGAGGUGUGCGUGUACAAUGGACCAUGUGUCAAUAGUAUGAGAGAAUGGACUCACAGAGGACUCCUUUUCUGUUUGGGUGUGGUUAUAUUUAAACACUGAGAGUACUUUUAUUUAAUGGGAGUUAAACAAACAACAUGAAAGCCCUGCUCCCUCACCAAAGCACUUUUCUUUUUUUAUCUGAGUUUGAGUAAGUCAUAAUUUGACCAAUCAAACUCUGAGAUGAUAUAUUUUGAAACU